GGCUUGUGCGCGCCGGUCACGCGGCCCGGGGCUGACACUUCCGGGUGGGACGAGCGAGGCGGCGGGCGGGGGCUGGCGGCUGGUGGCAGGCAUGGCGUAUCACGGCCUCACGGUGCCACUCAUCGUGAUGAGCGUGUUCUGGGGCUUUGUGGGCCUCGUAGUGCCCUGGUUCAUCCCCAAGGGCCCUAACCGGGGAGUUAUCAUCACCAUGUUGGUGACCUGCUCAGUUUGCUGCUAUCUCUUUUGGCUGAUUGCAAUUCUGGCCCAACUCAACCCUCUGUUUGGACCACAGCUGAAAAAUGAUACCAUCUGGUAUUGAAGUAUCACUGGCCUUGAGGAUGAAGACCUGCUGCACAGCAUCCAGUGGUUGAGGUCACGAAGAGAAUUCCUUCUAGAUGCGAAAUCGCCUCCAAACCCAGACCACCUUCUUUGACUUGCCUAUUUCGGGUAUCAUCUGCCUUAAACAUUCACACCACAUUUGAAGAUGUAAUUCUACAGUGCAGUAUUUUUAAGUUCACCUUUUUUUACACUUUGAUGAAUGAUGUGCCUUCUUUACCAACUCUACAAAAUGUGUAUUCAUUCUUCUGAGAGAACGGUGCUGCUCUGAGAACUCUGUUGCUCUCGUCUGUAACCUUCGGAUUUGCAGAUAGCUCCUGCCAGCUCAUUGCAUGGAGUCAGCGCUGUGUUUACAGAUUGCUGCAAGACAAGUAGGACGCCAAUGGGGCAGAGGAGAGCUUGCUCACGGAGAAGCCCCGUCCAGGCAAACUUACACCAAGCUGUACUUUCAGGAUGACUUUCUUCUGCCAUCUUUUGGAAUAAAUUAUUUUUCUGCUUUC